AUGAAAGCGUUUUAUCUUUUUGUUCUUCUUCCACUUGUCACCCAAACGCAAGGUAAAUAAUGUCUUAUAUUGCUUCAUUACAAACACAUUCCAGGGGAAGUUCUCCAGCCCCAAUGUUGGCCCUUCCAAUAACUUUCUUGUCUAGAAUGUAUUUACAGCGGCAGAAGGGAAGAAAAUCUUAGUCACGAAGAGUCUUUUAAUAUUAAAAGUCUGAAAAAUUAUCGUCACCGAAUUGCUCUAGUUUAUUAAUAUUUUGUCCACACUAAAGGCCGUUUUCCACUUAACUGCAUUGUAACGUGUCGUAGCAUUUUCUUUUGUAUCGAGGUCAUUGGUUCCACUAAUGAAAUUCGCUCAGAAAUUCGCUCAGGAAUUCGCUCUUUUACGUGAGUACAGUUCACAAUAAUGACCAUUCGCUUUACUUGUCUUCAGGAGGUAAAUUAAUGGAGAAGUUGUUCGCAUGCAAGGCCAAAAGCCACAAAAAUCUUGCUCCAUUGAAACGAAGUACUAUUUCGACUGAAAAGAUGGAAGUUCAAGAGAUGUAUGGUCAUUCCAACAUGCACAUGGAUGAGAAAACAAAAUUGAGAGAAACUGUUGCUAAAGGUCAGUGAUAACACAUAUAGGUCCAACCUCGUUCCCAGGGUCUCUCCUUGAUACGAGUCUUGAACGAAUGAGUAUACUAGGUAGGGGCACUCGCGAUCGGAGACUGCAUACGUCUGCCACCGAACUAAGUUAUUUAUGCAACAGCCUAAUUACCCAUUCAGUUGCAGCCCCCUCCCCCCCCCCCAACAUUUUUUAAGUUGGGCAGAUUCUACUUAUAAAAUCCGGGCAGAUUCUACUUAAAAAUAGCACAAAUGAUGAAACGGAACAACGACGGUUAUUAAGCUAGCCGAAGAGCUAAAAUAUCUCUAACCUAGAAAACAAUUUCAAAACGAAUGUCCAAACAUUGUGAUGUUUUCGGUACAGACAAAAAUGGGCAUGAAGUCUUCAAUUCUGAGGUCCAUUUUUGGCAAAAAUCUGUAGAUAGUAGAAUAAACAAUUGAUGACGUCGGAUAGGAGAAUUGAAUGGUUAAUUGAGUGACUGAUUAAUUGAACAAAGAACAAAACUAAUUUUUAUGCCCUCUGUUGUAGCUGAAGCGAACCUCAAAACUCAUUACUUCCAAGGAGACAUGAUGUUGACGGGUCAUCAACAAAAGGUUUUAAACAAUGCUUUCAAAUACGCUAGCAAACGAAAUGAUAUUGAAAAUCGAGCUAUGAUUAAAGAUAUCGCACGGUUGUGGUCCGAUGGAAAGAUCCCGUUUGCUUAUGCUGCGGACAUAGGUAAGGAAGCGAUAGAGAUGGCUUACCCAGCUCUGCUUUAUUCGCAUGGAGCAGUGGGCAAGCUAUUGCUCUUAGAAUCCUGGUGAUCUCGGAACUCGGAAAAGGCCUGGCACUAGUUGUAAAAUAGAAAUCCUUUCUGGUUUAAAAUUAAUCAAUAUCUCAUCAACGGUAUUAGAGUUCUAUUUCAAAUUUGUCCCAGACACUCAUUUCUCUGUGCAAGACUCAGACACAAAGUUUCAAAGAGUUUCACAAAAAAAUCAGGGCGUGACACGUGAUUAAAGGUACGAAACUGGAUUUCUAUUCUGUUGCUAGUCCCAGUCCUUUUGCUCACCGUCAGAUCACCUGGAUUGCAUUGAGUACGUUCAAUUAGUAAGAAAGGCUUUGGUUGUAUAAUAAUUUAUGUUAACCACUAUAUAUUUCAGAUGCGGAAGGUAAGAGUGUAGCAGACAGCGCGAUGAAACAUUGGAUGCAGCACACUUGUGUUAAAUUCACUGAAAGAACAAAUGAAAAAGAUUUUGUUGAAUUCCAAUUUGCUGAUGCGUAAGUCAUUAUGCUUUCUCUAAUUUCAAAGUUGACCACCAAAUCAUUCAGUCACUGCUUGUUCUAAGCUAGUGGUCCACAAGUUUGCAGCAAGUUGUUAAACUAAAAUAAGCUAAGCAAACUGUGUUUGUAUUGAAUUACUCCAUCAGGUCUAAACUGUGCUUGUAAGGGCCAUUUCUAUUGCUUUCGUGUUAUAUUAGAGGAAGCCGUGCAACCCUAAAAGUAGUAAAGUACCUUGGUACAGACCCUUCUUACAUUCGACCAGGGCGUCUAUAAUGGUUCUUCGAGUCCCGUUUGCACCUUGCCCAUUUAGGGUCAUUAUUUUCAGAGUGAUUAGUUUUGGUUUUUAUUGACCCUAAUAAAGAUGUUUGGAAAAAAAAGAAGAAAAAAGUUUUUCCACAGGAGAAAAUUCCACUACUCAGAGAGAACCUGUGUUGCAUGGCUUGCGAGAACCUUCUCGCGUGCAAGCGAGGCGAAAUUACAAUCCAACAACUGUAUAUUGCAAGACACGCUUGUACCCUGGCUUUUCCAUUUUAACCUUGAUACGAGGUUGAUUGCAAGAAUGCAUGAGACCAAGGGAAAAGCAGUAGAUCAUUUCCGAAUUAUGCUCUAAGAAUAACACGAUGUCUAGGCUCAGUGCUAAUUUGCUACAGAAACAUUACAAUUUAGCACGAAACCUCGUUCUCACGCUGUUUUCUGCAUGUGGGACAUUCGACCGUAAUUUGGAAAUAUAUAGCUACAAUAUACCAUGGGCCACUGGGUUAUCAGUAUCUUAAAUACUGUCAUGUGUCACCCUCAUUAAAUAAAGUCGCUAUAUAGUAACACCUUGAGCAUAUGUUAUCUCUCUCCAUCUUUUCAAGGUGUGCCUCACGUGUGGGUCGUCUUGGCGGGAAACAAGAGAUCCUUAUUGGUUCUGCUCAAGCCAAGUGCAAAGUUGGAAACCUCAUUCAUGAACUGGGUCACACUCUUGGCUUUUUCCAUGAACAUUCCAGACCCGACAGAGAUCAGUUUGUUAAAGUAGCGUUUGAACUUGUUAAGCCUGGUGAGUCAUGUGUGAACAACACACCCACAGACUGCAUGCCUCCGCCUUCUGACUACAUAUUCUCAAAGAUCUCACAGUAUAUAUCUUCGGUCUAUGAGCAAUUACCUUGGAUCCAGUUUUCUCGUGCAUGUAAAAAAUCGCUGAAAGACAAAUAGAAGGCUUAGUUUAGGCUGGCCAAUGAGCAAAUUCCGCACAAAUUUCAUGAAAUUAUGUCCGAUUAACCUCCCCCGAUAUACUUCUGACAGAAAGCCAAUACAAUGCGUAAAUUAUACAAACCAUUGCAUAAUAUUGCCUUAUGGCAACCUACUGUUCCGCCAUGCUUUUGUGGUUUUCUGAAAAGCAUUUUACUAAUGGAAGGUUACAUUAAAUAUCAUUAAAUGAUACAGUAACAAUUUCCGUAGCGCUCACUCACUAUUAACGAUACCCAUGUCAACUCGUGUUGUACGUCAUUUUUGAGCGCCUUACUACUUUCAUUGUUAGGUUUUGAAAUCAAUUUCAAGAAACUUCCCGCUGAUUGGAUAGACUCGCGUGACGUAGCGUACGACUACGGUUCAAUUAUGCACUAUCCUCGCACUAUAUUUGGUAAAAGCCCGUGGGAUGAGACGGUAAUUCCAUUGGAUGCCGCGGCACAAGUGGGCCAGAGGAUCAAAUUGAGUGAUCCUGAUAUAUUACAGGCAAAGAAGCUAUAUAGAUGCCCUGGUAAGAAUAUUUUAAAAAUCCGAGGAGAUAUUUUUGUAUGAUACCUGAAACGUGUUUUAUCAGAAAUACGAUCAUCGUUGGCGGAUAUGCAAUGACAAUUUGAGCAAAUGUUCCACUUAAUAGAGCAAGAGUUUGACAUGUCGAUAAACCCCUUCUGAUCCUCUUUCGACAUCAUGAUUUGUUUUUCAAUAGGUGUAACUGAGAAGACCAAGUCAUAACCAAGACAAUAGCACCGUUUAGAUUUUGAUAAUCAGAUGAUAAUAAUGAAGUUGUAACUGAUGACGUCAAUUAAUGGCACUUUCCCGUUCACUACGUGGAAUGUUCACAAAACAGAAUGUAGCUAGCUAGCUAUGAGUUUGUAUUGUAUUUGCUUUACUAGUACUCUAAUCCAUGCUGCAUACAGAUUACUUCGACCAAACUCUUUGAUAACCGAAUAUGAAUUAGAAUUAAAGCAGUGUUUAUUAAAUCAAUCUCGGUACCCAGACUGCCCAUAAAUAUAUUAUAAUUUAUAUAUAACUAAAAACUCUUUAUGAAUUAUGAUGCCACAAUAGACGUUAAAAUUAAUUUUCCUUUUUAACACAUAGCUCUUCUAAUUAUUACUAUUUUAAAUUUUCAAAUAAAAUUUUAAAGUAUUUUAUUUAGUUGAAAUUUAUAUUAAAAUAUCUUAAGUUUAUAUUAUAGUCGUUACUGAGUUAGUCAAAUAGCUAGGGACUUAACAUCAAUCUCAAACUGAAAGAAUUAUUAAAAUGAAUAAAGAUAUAAAAAACUACAUUGUGUUCAGUUUCUUUACCGAUAACUCUUUUUAGUACCGUAUUGUAAAUAGUGUGUAGGACAUUGCUUAUAUAUAUAGACAUUAGUUAUAUUCAUUAAUUAACUAUAAAUCUGGAACACUAAAAAAGUAAUCGGUUUACAUAAUAAGUAAUAAUGGUCCAAAUUGUGAUCCCUGUUGUACGCCACACAGAAUCUGUUUUUGUUUAUUUCAUGUGAAUUUUAAUUCAAAUUUACAUAUAUUCUCUGCAACAUCAAUACGGCUUCCCUGUGUAGUGUAUGGGCGGGCGGAACCCCCAUACACAGGGAACCCGUACUGAUGUUACAGAGUUGCCUGCGGAGGAGGCUAGACGAAAUCGGUGUUUCGACUGCGUAUCGAAAUGGCGCAUUCUGCGCUGGGAACAAAUUGCAGUUGAACUAUAUAUAACAUGUACCUGAGACCGGAAUAAUUUAAAUAUGCAUAUGUAAGUAUUCAACUGUUCAAUACUUUGAUGCGUAUAUUCUAAUUCAGUUUCAGCCUUAGCUACAUGUUAUUCAGUGUUCAACUGCAAUUUGCUCCCAGCGCAGAACAAUUUGUUUUUAUUUGGCUAGCUGUUCGAUGCAGCGGGGGAACCACCUGUAUUAUUUUUAAAACAUAAAUGAAGCAAGUUGAUCUGGUUACACAUGGAUUAAAAUUUUAGAAGAAAAAUCGCUGAAAAGAGGUUGGUGUGUGUGUGUAGACAAAUUGAAAUAAACGUGAGGUGGGCUUUGUCCCAAAAUGAUGCCACUGGAUGAUCCUUUAGCAAAAAAGACGCCGCUUCAUCGGUCACUCGAAGCCGGUCUUAAUGAUCUGAACUUCAUUUCCUGUUUAUUGAAAUUCAAUUUCUAUCCAUUGGAAAAUGCGAUUUUAUCAAACCUCGUAACAUAGCUAAUGUAAUAACAAUAAAGAUCAGAGUCAUAGCUCAUAGCUGCACGUUGAUAAACCUCGUGCGACUAAAUCCGUUCAAGGUGAAAAACUGCCAAACUGGGAAUCACGUCGGAGGCCGGAAGGGUGCAGGGGCAUCCUCUCAAAUAUCUUUUUAAAACUAAGAUCCUGAAGAAGACUAAGUCCAACACAUUGCUAUGGCACCCAUAUUUUUUAUGUUUAUUGAAAAACCUUUGGAAAUUGUAAGCCAUGCAGACGAACAACAUCAUAUUGAGUUAGAAAUUAAUGAUUAACUGAUCAAAAUGUAUGUUAAAAGUGAUACAAAAGAAUACGAAUAAUUAUUGAUUUACCAAAACAGAAUUGUUUUUUUAGGUAUCUGCUAUCGAGAUGUUGGAUCAUAUAACGUUGUGCUCUCUUCUCAUCUUAAUAUUUAUAAAUGGUACGGCGUUCAUGUAAUUGAUUAUCAGAAUAGGGUACCUUACAAACAUACUGUUAUUUCAGUUACGGCUGACAAAGGCAAUUGUCAAAUGCACAAUUUUAAUGCAUUGAAUAUGACGAAAAUAGUGGUGACAGCAUAGACAAUCCAGUAGACAUCAAUGUCUUCCGGGUUGUCGAUGAUAAGGGUUAUCACGUAAAUAUGUGUAGGACGUUGCCGCUAAUAGUAACCACAGUAACAUAAUGUGAAAUUAAUUAAGGCUUGGUGUCGUAUGAUCUCCAUCAUAAACGACAAAUGGGUGCAACGAACGAGAAGAAACAAAUGUUGCAAGAAAAUGAAGACUUGGCUAAAGGUGCGAUUGUUCUGGCCAUUCUUUGUUUUUAUUUUCAAUAUUAAAAUCACCAUUCAAUUCGUUCGUUUUAAUUGAAAGACAAUACUAAACAAAUGAAGAUGAUUGUACCGUGUCCACAUUUUUCACUCAAUAUAUGCAUGUACUGCCUUAUCCUUCUUCCCAGACUCGUUAUCCUCUUUUCCAACCUUUUUUCUGUUCCUUCGAAGGUUAUUUUAUUUUUAGUUUUAAAUUUCUACCCUACUCAUUCAUGUUAAUUAUGUUAAUUGGAUAUUUCAGUCAACAACUGGGUUAGAAAUCUAUAUCCUUACUAUUUAAAUUAAUUAUGAAAAGUAACAAAUAUUACCUCUCGUCUUCUUUGGUUUCUUUAUAUGUACUAUAUACUUUCUACUCAAUGCAUAAUUUUCAUUCUCUACUGUAUAUCAUGCUUUCUUAAUUUUAUAGUGUCACUCAAUCGUUUUCGUUCUUUCAACAUUUUGUUAAGAAUAAGCUUGUCUUUCCCUCCACAGCUGAAGAAAAUUUAAACAGUAACUUCUUCGAAGGAGAUAUUUUAACCACCCCGGAACAGAUGAAGGGGAUUAAUCGACUACUUUUUCAUUAUCAUGAUACUACAAACUCCGUCGAUAGACCAGAUGUUCGGGGGUUGGUCAAAGACGUGCGCAAGACCUGGCCCAAUGGCAUAGUAUAUUACAAAAUUUCUAAUCUACUUGGUAAGAAGAAUAACAUUGCAACGGCAACUUUAUGUGAUAGUUAAACAUAAAUAUCAAGAUUUUGCUUGCAUCUAACUCGAUUGAAUAAUAGUUGAAAGGUUUUAAACCCUUGAACUAUUGAUCAAUCGAGUGAGAUACCAACAAAAUCUUGAUCAUAUUUACCCAUUCCUUUAACAUGGCAGUACCCGAGUAUAUAUGCAUGGACUUUUUCAAUUCAAUUUAUUUAAUUUGAAAUGCAUUCAGAAAUCUGCAAGUUUCAUCCUGUUAAGUUCAGAGAGUUGAUUUAACUUCGUGGAGUUAUUUUGAACCUUAACUCCAAAAUGUAAAGUAAAAUUAGGUUCAAAAUAAUUCGGAGUAAAAUGAAUUCCCUAAAAUGAACUGCGGCAGAAUUCGAACCCUAAUCGUGUCACAACUACCAGACAACUCAACAAAAAUUAUUCACCGAUAAUUAGAAAACGAUGAAACAUGUACAACGGAAUUUUUUUUUUUCUGUGUUGGUGUAGUGUACUCAGGUGAAUAUGAUAUUUGUGGUGUUACUCUGAGCUCGCCCGGUGUGGAUAUACACUCAGAGUAACACCACAAAUAUCAUGUACAACGGAUUUGAAACAAAAUAUUUUACUUACACCUGAGUUGUAUUAUAGCUUCAGUUUUAGCUGAGACACAAAGGCAUCUAUUAUGAUAUUUUCUCUUUUAAAAAGGGCCGGAUAGAAAGCGACUGAUCAAAAAAGCUAUUAAACACUGGAAACGAAGGACCUGUCUAAAGUUCAAAAAGAGAACCAAUGAAAAUGAUUAUAUUAGAUUCCAGUUUGGAUUUGGGUGAGUAAGAAAGGCAGCCUAAGAGUUAGUCAACGCUCUGCCGAAAGUCGUAGGUUAUCUCUGGGUGCUCCGGUUUCCUCCCACAGGACAAGUUGACAGGGUUGGUUAGGUUAAACACAGUUAAGAAAGUAAUAUCACAAUUGUUGUAAAGAUAAAAUAGUCUAGUCUAAGCAUGUAAUUAGGUAAGCGUAAUACUUGAUGUAAAGCGAAUUUGAUCCACAUGUAAAUUUGUGCUACAGAAGGCUUAUUAUAAAAUAACAUGUAUAUAACGCGUGUUCUGAUUGGUCGAAACCCGUGUUUGGAUCAGGCCAUCCAAACACGGAAACCAUAAAGUAACUGUACAUGUAUAAUCUUAAACUGUAUUUUCAGCUGUGCCUCGUAUGUUGGUCGUAUAGGAGGACGACAGAAACUUGUUGUGGGCCAACAAUGCAGGCUUGGAAAUAUUAUUCACGAAGUUGGUCACGCAAUUGGGUUCUUUCAUGAGAUGGCAAGACCAGACAGGGACGAGUUUGUUAAAAUUGUUUGGAAGAAUAUCAUUCCAAGUAUGGUACCUUUUUCCAAUACGUAUUCCUGUUAUUUUCUAAGCACGUAGCACUUGAUUCGAAACCGCCACUGAUUCACACAUUUGGUUCACCAAUUCUAAAAUUUCUUUUACAGGUCGUAGAAGAAAUUUCCUGAAAUUUACAACGAAAACAAUCGACUCUCGGAACGUUCCAUACGACUAUAAUUCCAUCAUGCACUACAGCAGACUACAUUUUACUAAAAAUCGAAUCAGCGAGACCGUCGUUCCAACGAAAGAUUCGAGCGCGCAAAUAGGACAGAGACUCGGUUUGAGUGUUCUGGACGUGAAACAAGCUAAACUACUGUACAAUUGUGGAACUGGGCAAGGCCAGAAUACCAUGAUACCAGAUGGUAAUAUGGAUGCUGCACAUUGA